CCUCGUGCCACUACUGGCAAUAUUUGUUCCGUCUCUCCUUUUUAGUCAGCAACACAAAAGGCGUACUUGAAUUUGUUGAUACGGUGAUACGGACAGCGAGAAGACAUGACAACCCUUGCAGGCAAGACGAUUCUCAUUAUCGGAGGCUCUUCUGGGAUAGGAUACGCCGUGGCGAAAGCUUCUCUCAUCGCUCAAGCUGAUCAUGUUAUCAUCGGCUCGUCAAAUCAGCAGAAAAUCCGCGCGGCAAUUACUAGACUGGCGACGGAAUUACCCUCGACCGGAGCUGCUGUACAGGGAAAGCUGACGGGUGAAAUCGUUGAUGAGAAAGAUUCCGCGUCGAUACGAGCUCUAUUCGCCAGAGUAGGAGAAGUAGACCAUUUAGUAUGGAGAAGUGGCGAUAGGCUUCGUUUGGGAUUUCCUCGUAUAGAUCUGGACGAGAACAAAGACUCGUUCGAUGCACGAUUUUGGGGCCCGUUCGCAGCUGCUCAAGUUGCUCGAAUUCGUCCAGGAGGAUCGAUUACCUUAACCAUUGGUGGAGCAAUCUCUAGGCCCCGAAAAGGAUGGUCCCUCAUGGCAGGAGUUUUUGGUGCUGUCGACUCGUUAAUUCGAGGUCUUGCUGUAGACCUUGCCCCUAUCCGCGUAAACGUCGUCAGCCCCGGUUUAGUUAAGACGGAGCUUUGGGACGGACAUGCUCCAGAAGCCAAGAACAAGAUUUUAGAAGACACAGCGAAAAAUCUCUUAGUGCAACACGUCGCCGACCCAGACGAGAUCGCUGAGGCUUACAUAUUUCUAAUGAAAUGCGGUUAUAUAACUGGACAGCGCAUCGAAGUGGACGGAGGAGCUAAAUUAGUUUGAUUGGACCUUUUUUUCUUAUUUCACAUAUCCUUUGAUGAAUAUCUUUCGAUGAGUAAGGCCACGAUGCAUAUAUCACGAAUCGUGGUCGUUUCUGCGGAAGGCGUCCUGCGUCUGCGGAACGGCGCCUUCCACCCCUUUAAAUUAGUUAUGAGUAAUACUUUGGCGCUUUCGUGUAUGUAUCGAUUACACGGAUGGAGCUAGCUGCGACACCUAGAUUUUUUUCCCCUUCGGCGCCCUAUUUGGAUGUUUGAUGUUUUGUCAUUGGUAGUUAUCUCAUGCAUGUCGAAUUAGUUAAUUGCGAUUCCUGUUUGAGUAUACAUUG